CAGNACACCCUUUUUCUUACCACAUAGAUUCCUCCUGCUGCUUCUUGCCUGAACCAUAUUCCUGCACACUCCCCUUCACCCAAUCCCUUUCCAGCACACCAACAGCAUCUAUCCUCUCUUGUCUAAAUCCCUUCUGGACGUCACUUAUUGCCCCCCAUGGGUGUCCAUGUCCUCAGUUAUCUCUGGGAGAAUGGGCAAACUCCCUCAACAUGCUCCCAAGGGACCCUUCAGAGAAAAUUUGGCAUCAUCAUCCCAUUUGCCAGGAGCCCUUCCUGGCUUUCCCUUUCUCCCCUCCAUGGGUGCCCUGCCAUGUUUAGUCCCUGAAGAUCCCACUGCACUCACUGAUGAGAUUUUCAGUGCUGUCUGGCUGCCGACUCUUCACAGCCCCCUGAUCUGUCACUCCUCUGUCUCCUGGUCACUCUCAGGUACCCAAUCCAUGCCCAGUGCCGUCGGCCCCCAAGAGAGCCAAUCACCCAAACUGGGUGAGGCACCGUCAGCUCCACUCUCUUCCCCUGCCGCAGAUGGGGGAAGGAAUUCUGGCCGAGCCCCAAGACACAAGAUGCCAAAUGAUUUCCUGAGGUGAACUUGGGCAAGGAGGAACCCCCAGACCAAGGUGCUCUUCUCUUGUUCUUUCCCUAUACCAGUUAUUUUCCUUCCCAAGGCAUGGGCAGAUGGAGGAGGAGGAGGAAAAACCCCAGAGAUACAUCACAAGGAGGAGCUGCAAACCCAGCCCAGGGAGCUGCAAGGAGGAAAGACCCUCCCUGAGCUGGGAAGGUGGCCGGAGAUCCAGGCAGAGCUCAGAGCUGGUGGAGAAGCCUCAUGGAGGGGAGAAGCCCCACAAGUGCUUGGAAUGUGGCAAGGGUUUCAGGUGGAACUCUGAGCUGAUCCGGCACCAGAGGAUCCACACUGGGGAGAAGCCCUAUGAGUGUGGGAAAUGUGGGAAGAACUUCAGGCGGCGCUCCCACUUGAUCCAGCACCAGAGGAUCCACACUGGGGAGAAGCCAUAUGAGUGUGGGAAAUGUGGGAAGAGCUUCAGGACAAUGUCUGAUCUGAUGCAGCACCAGGUGAUCCACACUGGGGAACGGCCCUACACCUGCUUAGAAUGUGGGAAGAGCUUUGGGUGGAUGUGCUACCUGAAUAAACAUCAGCUCAUCCACACCACGGAGAGGCCCUUCGAGUGUCCUGAGUGUGGGAAGUGCUUCUCAGAGAGCUCAACCUUGACCAAACACCAACGGAGACACCACUAGGGGAAGCCCUGUGAGUGCCCCGAGUGUGGGAAGAGCUUUGUGCUCUCCUCCAGCUCCAUCCCCCAUGGGAGGAUAGGUGUUGGAUGAUCCCCAGUGACCCCCUUUGGGCAGAGCUCUGGUGAUCUGUGGCCCUGGUGAUCCAUGUCGGGAGGGCACCUGGGUGGGGGGACUCUGCAUCAUCCUGUCUCCCUGUGGGCACCUGGGUGACCGCAGGGGCAGGAACAUCCAUUGGGACACAAACUGACAUUGGGAAUUCCUUGGGAAGAGUGGAUUUGCUCACUUUCAACCCCAGAAAUUCUUCUGCGUUCAAUCCUAUCCUCUGGUAGCAUCCAGGAAUACUGAAUGGUCUUUGGGUUCUUUUCCCUUGUGGUGGUUUGUAAAGAUUUCCUGAAAUUUUUUACCUGCUGCGACCUGGGCAGUUUUCCUUGUAUCUGACAAGAAUCAGUCAGUGUCGGAUUUUUAAUAUUGACACAUUGUUACAGCAAUAAGCGAGUCUAUGCCUCCUUGUGAAACGCACACUUAAAGACAAAAAGCCCCGGGAAAGUUCUCUUUCCCUUCCAGCCUCUCACAAAGUAACACCAGCCCAGGCCCCCUCCACGCGGCCGGGCCGGGCAAGGGCAGGCGGGCUCUGACUCAGAGCUCAGGAAGCUGCCGGGCCCCGUUUUCAAGCAGGGACCCUGAUAUCCAGGGAAAG